CCUCUGGCGUCAGUCGGCCGCGCCCGGGCUCUCGGCGGCGGCCCUGGGUUCCGGCUGCGGCGGUCGUCGUAGGUCGUCCGGGGCAGGUUCCCCUGGGCGCUCCCCCAUGGAGGAGGCGGCGCGCGCGGCUGCAGCCCCGAAUGCUCUCGCUUCUUUCUGUACGGCGACGAAGGCCCUGGCCGCGCGAGCUCGAGAGGCGGCGGCCCGUGCGGCCUGUGUGGGCGUGUAAGCGGAGCUGACGAGGGCCAGGGAGUGGAGAGGCAGCCGCAUGGCCGGCCACCGCCCGGGGCCGGAGCUACUCUGCCAGGGUUUAAAACUUUAAAUGAGAAUAAAGAGUGUUAUUUACAAGGAAAUGAGAGUGAAUAAGUCAUCUCUAACCGCUUCCAGCCUUUUUUUUUUUUUUUUUCAUGAGACCAUAUUAAAUUUACAUAUUUGAAGAUUACAUAGUCCUGCCUCCAGCACUAGUGGCUUCUCUGUUUUGUGCUCAAUGUGACUCACAAGAACUUCUUUAGUAACAAACGAAAUGAUCCAGGGGCGUGGAAAAUAUGAUUUUUACAUUGGUCUGGGAUUGGCUAUGAGCUCCAGCGUUUUCAUUGGUGGGAGUUUCAUCUUGAAAAAAAAAGGUCUUCUGCGACUUGCCAAGAAGGGCUCCAUGAGAGCAGGUCAAGGUGGCCAUGCAUAUCUUAAAGAAUGGUUGUGGUGGGCUGGAUUGCUAUCAAUGGGAGCAGGUGAAGUGGCCAACUUUGCUGCAUAUGCCUUUGCUCCAGCCACCCUAGUGACUCCAUUAGGAGCUCUCAGCGUCCUAGUAAGUGCCAUUCUUUCUUCAUACUUUCUAAAUGAAAGACUUAAUCUUCAUGGGAAAAUUGGAUGUUUGCUAAGUAUUCUAGGAUCUACAGUUAUGGUCAUUCAUGCUCCAAAAGAAGAGGAGAUUGAGACUUUAAAUGAAAUGUCUCACAAGCUGGGGGAUCCAGGUUUUGUGGUCUUUGCAACACUUGUGGUCAUUGUGUCAUUGAUAUUAAUCUUCGUGGUGGGACCUCGCCAUGGACAGACAAAUAUUCUUGUGUAUAUAACAAUCUGCUCUGUAAUUGGAGCAUUUUCAGUCUCCUGUGUUAAGGGCCUGGGCAUUGCAAUCAAAGAGCUGUUUGCUGGAAAGCCUGUGCUGCGACAUCCCCUGGCCUGGAUUCUGCUGCUGAGCCUUAUAGUCUGUGUGAGCACACAGAUUAAUUACCUGAACAGGGCCCUGGAUAUAUUCAACACUUCCAUUGUGACUCCGAUAUAUUACGUAUUCUUUACAACAUCAGUUUUAACUUGUUCAGCUAUUCUUUUUAAAGAGUGGCAAGAUAUGCCUGUUGAUGAUGUCAUUGGUACUCUGAGUGGCUUCUUUACAAUCAUUGUGGGAAUAUUCUUGUUGCAUGCCUUUAAAGACGUCAGCUUUAGUCUAGCAAGUCUCCCCGUGUCUUUUCGAAAAGAUGAAAAAACAAUGAAUGGCAAUCUCUCUAACGUGUAUGAAGUUCUGAAUAAUAAUGAAGAAAGCUUAACCUGUGGAAUUGAACAGCACAGUGGUGAAAAUAUCUCCCGAAGAAAUGGAAAUCUCACAGCUUUUUAAGAAAAAUAUAAUUAAAAGGUUAAUCUGUAAUUGUCUUAUAAAAGUGAUUUUGAAUAUCAGGAUGUGUCUGAAAAAGCAUUGUUCUCAAGAGACAAUCUUUUUUAAAGUUUCACUGAUUUGGACCAAGAAAUUAUUUUUCUUAUAUUUACAUGAUGGUAGCUCACUAAAAUGACCUCAGUACAUGGCCAAUUUCUAUUAACAUUGUAUUAUUGUAGAGGUAUUUUAAAUUUUCUUUCAUCAAAAUCCAAAUGCACUGACAGUUUUAAGUCUAUAAAAAUGCUUUAUUUUUACAUUGGUGUUGAAAAUCUGAAAUGUACAUUUUGCCAUCCUCACUCAUCAGUCCCUGACCAUUUGAAGGCUUUUUGACUUUAAAAGGAGCAUUUUUCUAAUUGGUUAUCCUAUGAUUUACCUUACCUAUAAAAAUAACUCCUGUUUGAUGAAUUAAUUUUGAAAUGUUAGCUUAAAGAAGUCCUAAGUUUAAUGAAGAAAAACUCAAUUUACCAAACAAAAAAAGGAAGUUGCACAUUGGAGAGGUUUCUCAUGCUGUGACUUAACAGCACACAUUUGAUGGUCUUCCUACUCAUUGAUGGCACCUUGCUAAACCAGCACAUCCUGCAUCUGUCAGGCUAUAUAGCCUGACUGGUUUCAUCCUUCACUUAUUCUAAUCCCUUGGUACCUGGAACCUUGACUACCAUUUUACAUCAGUCCUUGUACUUCUCAGUAUAUUUUCAUAAUGAGUUAUGUUGUCAUUUAGAUCUUCUAACAACUCUGGGAAAUAAAGUCAAAAGGCUAAUUUCUUAAAUUUAGCUCAUGUUAUAAUAAAAAGACAAAUUGAAACAGUUCUUUUCUAAGUCUGAAUGCUUAGAAUACAGUUGUUUGUAAAAUAUGGUUUCUUUGUACUCAGUAGUUUACUUUUAGUUUGUUCAGACCAGUAUGUAAUUUGGUCUCCUAAAAAUGUCCAUGAAAAAAAUGUUUAUGGAAAGUUUCAAAUGUGUGCAAAAAAGCAGACUAGUAUAAUGAACUUCAGCUUCAGAACCUA